AUGAUGUUUCCAAUUCUUCAAAGAGUAUGUCGUGUCAUCACAAUGCCAAUGCGUAGUUCGUUGAAUGGCCAAAUACAAGCGGAAUGGAAUAAUUUAAUGUCGCGAAGAUUAAUUCACGCAAUUCAACCAUUGAAAUCAACUCAAGGCAUUUAUGACAUUAAUUUGGCAAAUAAAUCACCCGGUUUACUUGCAUCAACUAAUGUUCAAUAUACACAAACAUGCGGCAUGAAAGUUCUUGGAAAGGUACAUCGACGCUGUAAAGAUUGCUGUAUGAUGCUUAAAAAUGGUAUCAUGUAUAACUACUGCAAGGCUCAUCCUCGACAUAACCAAAGAGCAAAAACGGCAAGACCAAAAAGUACAUGGAUUUUAACAGGUGUAACGCGAUCAAAAGUUAGACCAUGGUGA